AUGGACUUGAAUGAACUUAUUGAGUUAAUUGUUAUGGAAACUAGAAUCAACGGAUUGACCAUGAUGCCUCUGAGGCAUGAGAAUAACCUUGCUAGAGAGAUUGUAGUGGCACUUGCAGAGUCGAACCUUCUAAAUCCAGCACUUAAGACUAACACGAAUGAUCGUGCUAUGGAAGCAAUGCGAGAGUUUAGCCGUAGGAAUCCGCCGAUGUUCGAUGGGGCUAGUAGUGACCCUCUGGUAGUCGAUCACUGGCUAGCACAAAUCCGCAAACUCUUUAGAGCUCUCAAGAUUACGAAAGAUGACUUGCGAGUGAAUAUCGUGGCUGUCCAACUUACCGGAGAGGCAAAUGAGUGGUGGGAGUCUAUCUUGGAAUUGAGGAAAGAUUUAAGGAACCAAUUCGAGAGGUUAGAGCAAGAGAAUAUGACCAUGUCUGAGUAUGCCAGGAGAUUUCAAUCUUUAUCACGAUUUGCACCAGAAUUGGUGGCGACAGAGGAAAGGAAGUGUAGGCACUUUGAGAAGGGGUUGCAUUCGUCUGUCAAGCUAUUAGUAGCAAGUCAGCGUAUUGGGAAGUUUUCUAAGAUUAUAUUGUUGAGUGUGCGAGGAGUGCGGAGAUUCCGAUAG